UGUAGGCACGACGCCGCGCGGCACCCUGGCGCUAAAAUUCAACCCUGAAUCCGACAAUACACUACAAGGAGCGCCUUUCCUCUCUCACUCACUCUCUCUCUCUCUCUCUCUCUUUCUUUCUUUCAUUCUUACCAUCUCUCUCUCUCUCUGUCUCUCUUUUACUCGCUUCACCUCGAUCUCUUACUAGUCCAUCUCCCGUGUGUUAUAAUAGUUGACGAAAACCCGAGUUCGUACAUGUACUCUCGAUGUCGUGAACGGAGCAAAAUUCCGAAGCAACAGUUCAGUGCAUUUGUUUGGUGAAACGACCGCGAAAUUAUUGAGUGCCGUUUUUACCGAGAAGGGAAGUAAAAAAAAAAAAAAAAAAAAAAAAAAAACAGAAGCAAAGGAAGUUUUCGGCCAGUGGUGUUUUAGUUUUUCGCUAUUACCUUGGAGCCCCCUUCCCGCCCCGGUUUCUUCUUCCUUCCGCCCUCCAUCCCACCCCCUCUCGUCCUUCUUUCCUCCCUUUUCUCCGCGAAAGCGCUACCUCGUCUAAAACAAGCAACAGUUUUGUAGUUUGAAAAAUCGUAACAAAACCAAAAAGUCCGCACGAAGCGUUCGUUGUUUGGAAAAAACAACCAAAAAAAGUUGGAAACAAAAAUUGAAAAAUUGAAGAAAAAAAAAAAAAAAAAUUACUUUCGAUGAAUCAGUGACAAAAGUAAAAAUUUGCAACCACAAGAUCGUCCGCGAGUCGCGAGUGCCUACAAAAUUGACACCAACGUAACACCAACAACAACAACAACAACAACAACGACGCUAACAUCACCACCAGCAUCAUCAUCAUCAUCAUCAUUAUCAUCACGAACAAGGAACCGAAGAAGAAGAAGAAGAAAAGGAACAUCGUCGACAGCGCCGGGAGCAUCAGCAGUCCAACGUCGUCGUCGUGGCCGCCUGCAGUGGGCGAAGGAUCAUCGCGGAGCAACGGAAUCGCAACAAAGGAAGGAGGAAGGCCAGCAGCAGCCGUAGGAAGAACGACCCAAGACAAAAUCGCUCGUCGGCGGAUGGCAAUUAAGUGUUGGUUAAGUCCGGGCUAGUGCACCCUCCGCAGUCACUUCUCGGCGACGCUCUCUCCACUAUUCUCCUCUUCCAACGACAACAACAACAACAACAACAACAACAACUACAACAACAACAACAACAACCAACUAUCGACAUGGCCGAGGGGAACGGGGAAAUAAAGUCAGAGGACAAACAGUCGAAAGACGACAUGGAGUACACCGAGCGAACGGAAGACUACUCCAAGCUCAUACAAUACGGGCUCAACGAAAAGGUCGCCGGUAACCUCGACGAAAUUUACAAGACCGGAAAAUUAGCCCACGUGGACCUUGACGAGAGGGCCCUGGACGCGCUCAAAGAGUUUCCCGUUGACGGAGCGCUUAAUGUUCUCACGCAGUUCUUGGAAUCAAAUCUCGAGCACGUGUCCAACAAAUCGGCGUAUCUUUGCGGUGUUAUGAAGACCUACAGACAAAAGACUCGCGCUGGUCAAGGCACAGCCAGUAGUACCAGCAGUACAACGCCCAAAGCACCUGAUGAAGAUAAAAUCAAGAUGAUACUCGCAAGAACUGGCUAUCCUUUGGAUGUCACUACCGGUCAGAGAAAGUACGGAGGUCCACCACCAGACUGGGAAGGUCCGACACCUGGCACUGGUUGUGAAGUAUUCUGUGGAAAAAUUCCAAAAGACAUGUUUGAAGAUGAAUUAAUACCUCUGUUUGAAGAUUGUGGCAAGAUUUGGGAUCUCAGGUUAAUGAUGGACCCCAUGACUGGUACAAACAGAGGAUAUGCCUUUAUAACAUUUACAAAUAGAGAUUCUGCGCAAAAAGCCGUCAGAGAGGUAUGUUUGUCUCUUUUUGACGUUUAAACAUAUGACUGUCCUCCUU